AUGCGUAUUCGAAGUCAAAAGAGGCUCAAGUCCAUAAUUCAAACUCCCACCAUAGAGCUGAAUAGCAACUCGCAGCACCCAACAGAGGACGAUACCUUAGACGCCCUUUACGAGGAGCCCGGAGCUUACGCCGGUUCGACGCGGAAGUCGUUUGGUUGCAGCGACGACAUCACACUCCUGAUCGCAGUCAACGACGCCAAGCCCUGGACAGCCUCGCAAGGCUGCAAGACCCGCUUCGACAACCUGACAAAGGCGUACAAGGAGCAUACUCUAGCCGCAAUGCCCCGAAGCGGUUCGGAUAAAGAAUUUGGCGAAUGCGAGCAACUUUUGGAGGAUAUUUUGUCACAAGUUAACGACUUCGUGGAGAAGAAGGACACCCAAGCAUCGCUUCUUGCAUCGAAGAAGGACGGCAUCGAGGAAUCUGGCGUUAUGAUGCGCAAAUUGGCGAUGGAGUCGAUGGAUGCCAUAGAUGGAAGCGAAUCGGGCAAGCGCACAAGAGUGGUCGACUUUUUGCAACACAUUACGACCGCAGUGGACAACGUCACGGGUAAAGACCCAAGUCUCAAGAUGGUGACAUCAUUUCUCAAAGACCGGCUCGAACAAGAAGACUUGCGUGAAGAAAACGUUCGCGUCGGCAGGAUGGGCGUGACCGUAAGCAGCAUGAACGCGAUCUUGCCCGUGACAAACAAAUGCAGGAAUUUUUGUUAG